AUGGUUGACUUUACGGGAGCAAUUUUCAUCAAAACAUCGAAACUCCGAAAUGCAAGAGUAGUAAAGGCGUACAUUUGCAUUUUUGUAUGUAUGUCAACGAAAGCGUUGCACGUUGAGUUGGUCAGUGACAUGUCAGCUGACGCAUUUAUUGCUGCACUACGACGUUUUAUCGCGAGACGGGGUGAAGUAAAAGUGAUAUUCAGCGACAAUGGAACCAAUUUUGUGGCUGCAAAUCGAUUAUUAAACGAAUUAAGUAACAACGAAAAUGAGGAAUUCAACACGCGAAUUUCAAACGAAUUGUCAACACAGAGAAUAACAUGGAAAUUCUCACCACCGGGCGCACCACAUUUCAAUGGCCUGGUAGAAGCUGGCGUAAAAACAGUAAAAAUGCAUCUAAUGAAAGUGAUGGGAGAACAAAAAUUCACAUUCGAAGAGUUAACGACGAUUCUAGCGCAAAUUGAGUCGGCAGUUAAUUCAAGACCUCUGACUCCAAUUUCGUGUGAG